AUGAACCUACAAAACGAGUCUGACGGUUCCUCUCUUGUCUCUCAAGUAGAGCAUGCGCUGAAGCUUUCAACCGACUAUGCACUCGGGUUGGUACACCCCGAUGGUCACUGGUACGGCGAGAUGAAUGCCAAUGUCACUGUCACUGCCGAAUAUAUCUUCCUUCGACAGGCCUUUGGGCUGGAUCUCAAAGCUGACGCCAUAGCUUACUGUCGUUAUCUACUAUCUCAACAGAAUAGUGAUGGUUCCUGGGGUCUGGCGCCCGAACACCCAGGCGAUGUAUCAACCUCGACCGAAGCAUACCUGGCACUGAAGAUCUUGGGAACAAGCCCGCAUAUCCCAGCCAUGCGGAGGGCCCGAGCAUUUGUGCUGGAAGCAGGAGGAAUUGCGCGCGUACGCGUCUUCACUCGUAUCUUCUUGGCCACCUUUGGUCUAUUCCCUUGGGAUGCAGUACCAGAACUUCCUGUGGAGCUUAUGCUUCUGCCCUCCAUCUGUCCAAUCAAUAUCUAUACGUUCGCAUCUUGGGCUCGCGGUACUAUUGCUCCUCUAUUGAUCAUCUGCCACCAUCGACCUGUGUACUCGCUACCGAAUGGAAAGUCCGCCACGAACGACUAUCUCGAUGAGUUAUGGCUAGAUUGCACAAGCAAAAGUGUACCUUACGGCCAGCCCCUCUGGGAUUUACUGUCUCAAAGAGAAUUCGCGGGGUCAGCAUUCGGCGUUCUGGACAAAAUACUCUACCAACUAAAUGGACUUCGUUCCAUUCCUCUGGUUCGUGCGUACGCCCGAAAACAAUGCAUCAAAUGGAUACUAGAGCGCCAAGAAAAGACCGGUGACUGGGCGGGAAUAUUCCCGCCCAUGCAUGCAAGCAUGUAUGCAUUCACGCUGGAAGGCUACAAACUGAACGAUGACCCGGUUCAGCUUGGGUUCCAAGCGCUGGAGCAAUUUGCGUGGGAAGACGAAAAAGGAAAAAGAAUUCAAGCCUGUGUCUCACCUGUUUGGGAUACGGCUUUGAUGACGAUUGGGUUCUGCGAUGCAAUGUCACCCAAUCAACAGGCCAUCGACAAGGCUCUCAAGUGGAUCAGAGCUCGCCAGUUGCUUGAACCCCGCGGAGAUUGGCGGGUAUACCGACCCCAAUUAGCUCCCGGUGGCUUCAGCUUCGAGUACGAGAACAGCUGGUAUCCCGAUGUGGACGAUACAGCUGCGAUUAUCCUCGCUCAGGUGAAGGAUGAUUCUGGAUCUAUUGGCUCGGAUUCUGUAAUUGCUGCAGCCACGUGGAUCCUGGGCAUGCAGAACCCCGACGGAGGGUGGGCUGCUUUCGAUGUGGAAAAUGAUAAGCUGUUUCUCAAUAAAAUUCCAUUCAGCGACAUGGAUAGUCUGUGUGAUACAUCGUGUGCUGACAUUACGGGGCGGAUCCUUGAAGCCUUUGGUCUGAUGAUGAAAUGUUCCUCCGGGAAGGCCGAUGCGGGUCUUAUGUUGCUUCCACUGCGUGCCGCUUGUGCGCGCGGCGUGCAGUAUCUCGUUUCCACACAGAAGCCCAAUGGAUCUUGGUUCGGACGAUGGGGGUGCAAUUACAUCUACGGCACUAGUCAUGCACUAUGUGGUCUGGCUUAUUUUGGUGAUGAAAGUCGAGUUCGUGUGAUAGUUAAGCCGGCUCUGCAGUGGCUGAAGUCAAGACAAAAUGACGAUGGCGGCUGGGGCGAGUCUGUUCUAUCAUACAAAUUGCCCGACGAAGAGAAGCAGGCUUCAACGCCGUCGCAAACUGCGUGGGCGUUGAUGGGAUUGCUCUCUCAUCUCCCAGUCACAGAUGAUGCUAUUGAGAGCGGGAUUCAGUAUCUUGUGUCUUCUCAAAAACCAGAGAAAGGCAUCGGAUCAUCAUGGCCUCAAGUAGUAUACACUGGAACUGGGUUUCCAAAUCAUUUCUAUUUGGGUUAUGACUAUUAUCGCCAUUAUUUUCCUAUGAUGGCCCUUGGGCGGUAUUUACAGGGAACUCAACGCUUGCAUUGA